CGCGCAUGCGUAGGACAGUCUCAUCCCUCUGCAUCGCCUUUUUUUUUGCAGCAUCAGUACCGCGCUCGUAUCACAUUCAUUAGCCGAAGACGGAGCUCGCUGCGGAGCGAUACUGCAUCGUUUCAGAGGACGCCCAAACAUUACAAAAGGGAAGACCGCAACAGAAGAAAAGGACAACGACGCAGUUCAUAGGCUGUACGGAAUCCCCAAGGCAUACAACAAAAAAUAUACCAAAACGGAACCUAGUAGGAAAUAAGUCGACAAAGCAGGAAGAACGAAUAUUUUAGCCGACAAGGCAGGGAAACAAUGAAGGAUCGUACGCAGGAACUACGGAGUGCUAAGGACAGUGAUGAUGAUGAGGAAGUUGUCCAUGUUGACCGGGAUCACUUUAUGGAUGAAUUCUUUGAACAGGUAGAGGAGAUCCGUGGCUGCAUAGAAAAGCUUUCAGAGGAUGUGGAGCAAGUGAAGAAGCAGCACAGUGCUAUCCUGGCAGCACCAAACCCUGAUGAGAAAACAAAGCAAGAACUGGAGGACCUCACAGCUGAUAUCAAAAAGACAGCCAAUAAAGUUCGUUCAAAAUUAAAAGCAAUUGAACAGAGUAUUGAACAAGAGGAAGGUCUGAACAGAUCUUCCGCAGACUUGCGAAUUCGUAAGACACAGCACUCCACACUGUCACGCAAGUUUGUGGAAGUGAUGACUGAGUAUAACACCACACAAUCAAAGUACAGGGACCGCUGCAAGGACCGCAUCCAGAGACAACUAGAAAUCACUGGAAGAACAACUACUAAUGAAGAACUUGAAGAUAUGUUGGAGAGCGGCAAGCUUGCCAUUUUUACUGAUGAUAUCAAGAUGGAUUCCCAGAUGACUAAGCAGGCCUUGAAUGAAAUUGAGACUCGGCACACUGAGAUCAUAAAGCUGGAGAACAGCAUUCGCGAGUUGCACGACAUGUUUUUGGACAUGGCCAUGCUGGUUGAGAGCCAGGGUGAGAUGAUCGACAGAAUUGAGUACAAUGUGGAACAUUCAGUGGAUUAUGUGGAGCGGGCUGUAUCUGACACAAAGAAGGCUGUGAAAUACCAGAGCCAGGCCCGCAAGAAGAAGAUUAUGAUCAUCAUCUGCUGUGUGGUGCUGGGAGUCGUGUUGGCAUCCACUAUUGGUGGAACGCUGGGCUUCUAGACAUGGCAACCAACUUAUAAAUCUACUAGAAUAAUCAAAAACAAAUUGAAGAUUAAGAAAAAAAAAUGAAAAGGGUUGAAAUGAAAAAAAGACAUAAUAGCUGAUUAAGUCAAUCAAGAAAAAUAAAUAUGUAAUAAAUGUAAUCAUUUCAGUGUACAUUAUAAAUGUAUUGAACACAAGCAGCACAUGGUUUAAUUACCCAUCAGGAGAUGCAAAGUGACAUUUUUCUUGAUUUUUUUCUACAUUUAUUUCAUUCUGCAAACUUCCUGCUAAGUAAAUGGCUGAAAAUUGGGCAUGCUCCAGAAAAAAUAAUGGGUUAAUGCACAAUACCAAAUGCAAGUAAAUAGUGUCAUUCCACAAACCCACUGAUCAUUUUUUGUUGGGGAUGACUGCAUAUUAUUUUCCAUUUCAGAUGUGUGCAAAUUGAUUGGACUCUAAGUCAAUUUAUUAAGUAACUAAUUAGAUAAAUAAUAAUAACUUGGGAAGAUUGCCUAGAUUUUGACCAGUACAUAACACUGAAAGAGAGCGUUUUUGAAUCCAGUGGAGCUCAUUCAUAACUCUUGGCGAUUUUGCAGUUUUAGCCUCUGCUCAGCUUCGCUUCACCACUUAAAUUUGAGAGAUUUUCUUGUGUCAUAUGAUCAGUAGAUUGUGGAGAAUAUUACAAAUGCCUCAGCAAAGUUCAGCUAUAACUGUAAUACAAAAGAUAAGCAAAGUAAAAAAGGAAGGAAUAAACUAUGCAGUCUUGCUGCAAAAAGGGCACAAGGUAGGCAUUUCAAUUUACGCAGUAAAUAUUUUUUAAAUUUAACGACUUAACAAAACCUUAAAAAUCACAUUGCUGAGUAAUUAAGAUUUUCUCCUUAGUUCAGCCUAGAAGUUGUUGCUGUUAAGGUUAAAACACAAAUUGUUAAUAUAAUGAGAUGGUAAAGUGGAAAAAUACAGUGUGAUAUUAAAUAUGGUACAGUCAUUAGUUGACGUGACACUAAGCAAUUUCAAGAAAAAAGAAAAAACAAUUGCAUAAAAUUCAUAAAUAUAUGGCCUCACUUGGUCUUUACCCCAAUUUAAGAUUUCACAGAUUAUUCUACUAAAUAUUUACAAAAGAAGAUUGAGUAAUUUUUGUCACUGAAAUAAAGAUUGACUAGUCAGUGAUAAAUUCAUGUCUUAUACACAUAAGCUUAUAUAACACAUUCAUUCACUUAGUCAUUAUCGUUAACUGCUUAUCUAAUGUUGAGCCACAGUCCUAUAUAAUUUGUACAAAUGUUAAGAAGAGAGCGGUUGAUUUGACAUAUGCUAUUUCAGACAUCUGAUCUUUUCAUUUCAAUUAAAUAAAAAAUAAUUACAAAUGCAUGUAACACACAAUGAUUUAAGUACAAUGGAAUAAGUUCCUUACAAACAUGACAGGCAACUGAAACUGACAAGUUCAGCCUCACUUGAAUUAAUACAAUGGAAAAGUUACAGUACUGUAAGAAAAACACAACCGAUUUUAGUGUUCACUGAUCUAAAUUUGUUUAGUAUAUGGGUUUUUUUGAACAGUCAAGGUUUAUCGAAUCUUCCAUCUCUGGCCCUACUGGGUGAAGCAACUUGAAUUUUACACACAACAUUUUUAGUUAUGAAGCCUGUUUCCUGAUUUUAAAAAGCAAAAACUUACAAAAUUUCACAAAUGCUGGACAACUGGUAUAAUACCAUAUAUUUGUAAACAUGGUCUUAUGAUAAUUUUUCUGGUCAAAAAGUUCAGCAACCAUAGAUAUAAUUGAUAAUUGGGGGUAUCAUUCUGGGCUGAAAGAUGACGACUGAGAUUCAUUACAAUAUUGCAGGCCUUACUAACAGUAGAAAUAAAGAAUAAAGAAUUAUCAUUUCCAGGUUUCAUGGUAGCUUCCUUAAAUACUACAAGACACCUUCCUAGUCAUUAGCUAUAAUUAUAAUGGAACUAAGGUAGGCUAUACUGACAGAAAUUAUACAGUUACUUCUCUAUUACUUGUGUAGUGUCUCAUGCAAAGCCUGCAAAAAGGCAUUAAAAUAAUUUUUAAAGCCCAUAAGGGCAUUUAUAAUACAUAUGGAUAGUUACACUUUUUAUUAAUUUUACUAAAAAUUAAGCUUUUCAUUUAAUGUUACAAAUAACUGGAACUUUGAGGAACAGGUACUUUAAAUUU